GCGGCGGGGCCGCGGCGGUGAAGGGCCGGGCCGAGCCGGGCCGGGGCUGCUCCCGCUCCCGCCGCUCACCGCCGGCUAUGGAUGCGCGGGCCCGCGCCAAGCGCUACGAGAAGCUCGACUUCCUUGGGGAGGGACAGUUCGCCACCGUCUAUAAAGCCAAGGACAAGACGAACAACCAAAUCGUGGCUAUUAAGAAGAUUAAACUGGGGCAUAGAUCAGAAGCUAAAGAUGGAAUCAACAGGACAGCCCUCAGGGAGAUAAAACUGUUGCAGGAGCUAAGCCAUCCGAAUAUUAUUGGUCUUAUUGAUGCCUUUGGACACAAGUCCAAUAUUAGUUUGGUGUUUGAUUUUAUGGAAACAGAUCUAGAGGUUAUUAUAAAGGAUACAAGUAUUGUUUUGACACAGUCUCACAUCAAGGCAUAUAUGCUAAUGACUCUUCAAGGAUUAGAAUAUUUACAUCAGCAUUGGAUUCUGCACAGGGAUCUUAAACCAAAUAACUUGUUGCUAGAUGAAAAUGGGGUUUUAAAAUUGGCUGACUUUGGCUUGGCAAAAUCUUUUGGAAGCCCCAAUAGAGUUUAUACGCACCAGGUAGURACAAGGUGGUACCGAGCCCCAGAACUGUUGUUUGGGGCUAGAAUGUAUGGUGUUGGUGUUGAUAUGUGGGCUGUUGGCUGUAUUUUAGCUGAAUUGCUCCUCMGAGUUCCUUUUUUGCCUGGAGACUCUGAUCUUGACCAGCUGACAAGGAUAUUUGAAACACUGGGCACUCCAACAGAAGAACAGUGGCCUGGGAUGACMAGUCUUCCAGAUUAUGUCACAUUUAAGCCUUUCCCUGGAAUGCCACUUCAACAUAUCUUCAGUGCAGCUGGUGAUGAUUUGCUCAAUCUUCUUCAAGGCUUAUUCACAUUUAAUCCUUGCACUAGAGUAACAGCUACUCAGGCAUUGAAACAGAAGUAUUUCAGUAACCGACCAGGACCCACUCCAGGAAAUCAGCUGCCAAGACCAAACUGUCCUGCAGAAGCUGCAAAGGAGCARCAAAAUGCACUUGUAAAUUUAAAAAGGAAAAGAACAGAAGGAAUAGAUCAAGGAUUACCAAAAAAACUGGUUUUUUGAUUGCCGUGGAUGAAACUGAGUGAAAAUUACCCAAGUCCCAGCUAUUGAUGAAAUGCUGUAAUAGUCACUGGAUGGUUAUGUUUUAAUAUUUUCAUAUGUAAAAUAAGAAUUUACUAUUCCCUUACUGAAACAGAAGUUUCAUUAGCCCUUCUUUCUACAAUAAAAACUUYAUUGAAUAAAAAAAAAUAAAGUACCUUUCUCUGGUUUGCUGUCUUGUUACUUUGAGUUGUGCUCUGAGGCACUAAUUGUCAAAACUGCUUGCAGGCUGCAGGUGUACACAGACUCAUUUUGCUGAACCUCUGUGCUGAAUCACACGCUGUCCUGUAACAGAUGUAUAUGCCAAGGGGGAAAACUACAAAUAAUACUAUUUUCUCUCACCUGCAGCUAAGAUGAACAUAUGACUGUCUUCC